AUGCUGUUAAAGCUUAGAGUAUAUUGUCUUCCUUUUGCUUAUGAAGCCUCCACCCACCGGCCCACCCUACAUUUAGCGGAUCAUGUGACUCGGGGCAGCCGAAGAAACAGGAUGUUAAUGCUUGACGGAAUGCCUGCAGUCCGAGUCAAAGCCGAGCCCCUGGAAUCGGAACAAGGGUCACCUAAAGUGCGCCCUUACUCUGCGAUGGACGGUGUCCCCUUCUUCCUUAGCAGAGUGAAACCCGAACCUCCCGAAGACCUCCUCGCUCACGACCUGCACUUCCACACACAGACCGAGCCUGUCGACCUGUCAAUCAACAAGCCCCGCCCCUCCUCUUCAUCCACCACCCCAACCAUUACCUCAUCAUCCUCCCCUCUCAGAUCCGCCUUCUCCCCGUCCUCGUUAUCGUCAUCAUCCUCCUCCUCCUCAUCUCCGUCAGUCAUCACCUCUGCCUCAUCGGUGCUCACGCCGGGCCCUCUGGUCGCCCCUGGAUCUGGGGUCAGAGGUCAGCCCUAUUUGCACAUCCUGCACUCUGUGCCGCCGCCUCCGUCCAGCCCUCUGAGCCUGCAGGGAGCGGGGAAGCUGGCCAGCCAUGUUCACCGCAUCCCGGUCGUGGUACAGUCACUGCCCCUCAUGUACACCACAGCCGUUCGAUCCCCCUCCAGCCUCAACAACGCCAUCAUGCUACCUCUGCUGGACGAGGCCAAAAGCCAGGGCAAAGCACAUAUAGACCCCAACGGCCUGUCGCCGAGGCAGAUCAAGAGUGACAGCGACGACGAUGACCUGCCAAACGUGACCUUGGACAGUGUUAACGAGACCGGCUCCACUGCGCUGUCUAUAGCCCGCGCUGUACAAGACUCCAUGUCUCCGUUCAGUAUCGACAGCAUACGGCGCCCUCGCAGGUCAGAGUCUCCUGAUUCCAAAAAGAGAAGAAUCCACAGAUGUGACUUUGAGGGCUGCAAUAAGGUGUACACCAAAAGCUCCCAUUUAAAAGCCCACCGGAGGACGCACACAGGGGAAAAGCCAUAUAAAUGCACCUGGGACGGCUGCACGUGGAAGUUCGCCCGCUCCGAUGAGCUGACGAGGCAUUACAGAAAACACACGGGGGUGAAGCCAUUCAAGUGUGCAGACUGUGACCGCAGCUUCUCCAGAUCUGACCACUUGGCCCUGCACCGACGGAGACACAUGCUGGUGUGAAUCAGACGGAGAGAGAUCAAAACCAGAGAGAGAGAGAGAGAGCAAUGAAACAGACCCACACACACGCAGGCAGCCGGGGGAGCGGGAUCUCCCUGUGAAUGUUUUUCAGCUGGCCUGGACGCACACACACUUAGGCAAACACACACACACUCUCAUCCGUCGCGAGGAGAAGAUGGAGACGUGCACAGGGCUUAUGGAGCACAAAACAGGGUCACUUCUGGAUCCUCUUUGGGCUGGAAGGAAAAGACGGCAGGAUCUGUUAUUGUCAUUGUUUGGAGUUUCAUAGGGAACUGUCUUUUACAGCACUGUUUGUAAAUGUUUCACUUUGAUUUUUAAAGACGGACUCGCACUCUUUAUUUGGACUGAAAAAGAUAUAUAAUGCAAUCGCAGCUGUCUCUUUUUUGGUAUCUUUCUUUUCAUUCAAAUGGCUGCUUUUCAAAGCAUUCAUAAUGUGAAAGACCCCUUUAUAAGGAAUGGAUUUCCUGUGGGAGCAGACUGAUGUUUGGCCUUGAAUGAAUAAAAAAAUAAGAAAAUAAGUUUCAGACCUGGUUGGAGUUACAGGCAGUAUUCUCAUGCUGUGCCUCCCUGUGAGUCUGAUUUUUGACCAGCAGAGGGCGCCGUUUUCCCACAAAUGGUUCCCUUUCUCUGCUGGAGCCUGCUGUUGAAACUGAGGCAUGCCAUACAGGAGCAAAAAGAGGGCUGGACUUUCACCUUCAUCAUUACCGGCAGAGACAUUUUCUCAACUACGGAUCAACCUCACCAACACAAAUCCAUUCUUCAUUCCAGACAAUGAAAACCGGACUCAUGUCAUCACACCAGCAAAGAAAACACACCAUGAACGGACAACCUCACAUCUCAUCAGUGCAUUUCUUUAUGUUGAGCCUCUUGAAAGCAUUUUCUUAUUAAAUAAAAAUCUUUGGUGGAUUUUGUGCUGUGAUUAGCAAUCAGUAAAGUGCAAUCUUAAAGGAUAAAUAUACUUUCAGUAUGACAAUGUUUUGUUUAUUGAUUUUUUUUUAUUAAAUGCCUGCUUAUUGCUUUUGUUUGACUCAGAAAAAUACAACCCCUCAUGUACAGUGAACUUUGAAACAAUCAGAGGAGACUUACAGGAUGUGAAAUGACAGCACCUUACAGACUCAUAGUUUCAUUCUGUCCCAGUAUACCUGCUUUGUUUUUGAUUUUCCAGCUCUGUUUUCUUAAAGGAACUUGUGUUGUUUUUCUUUGCACAAACCAUGAGCUGAAACUUCCAUCGGCUACAGUGUUACAGGGAUAGUGUUACCUGAAGUACAAUACAGAAGAGCAAUACCUACAGAGCAGAGAAAGAAGGAGCCACAGCCUUCUAUUCUGUUUGCUGAUGUCAAAAUGUAAGAGAAGUGUUCAUUAUGAUGCCCUGUUUGAUUGGUUUGUAGCUCACGCACAAGGCUAUCAUCCAGCACCUGUCUCAGCUAUCAAGUUACAUCACAUCAUUAUGAUUUUGUUUUUAUUGUGUUACUUUAAAGAAGACAGUCACUUGAACAGUUAUAACUUCGACAAUGGCAUAUUAGGACCACUUAAAAAAUAGAAGGACUGGUUAAGUUUUUUUUAAGAAAUAACUCUAAAUUUAUUCGUUUAUUAAGUCAUACAUUUAAAAUUUUUGAGUUCAAAAAAUAAGAUUUAUACAAGAAACAAAAUUCAGAUAUUUUAUAAUUUGUAAAUUUAAAGGGAAAACAAACUUUUUAAUUUAUAAAGUUGUAAAUACAAAGGAACCAAAAAACUGAAAAAUUCAGUGGUCUAAUUUGUAAAUUUCUGAGGAGAAAAUGUUGAAUUUCUAAGUGUAGAAAGUCAUAAUUUUCAAGAAUCAGUACCUAAAAUUUUUAUUUUAAGUUGUAACUUCAUAAGAAAAAUGAAAUUGAAAUUGUUAGGAUUAUACAAACUUAACUUCCUAAAAAAGAAAAACAUAGUUAGUUCAAAAUAAGCCAUAAAUAUACAAGAACCAAAAUCUGAUUUUUCUUUUUAUUGAGUCUAAAAAGCUGUGAAUACAAACAGAAAACUAAAACCGAAACAUUUUGGUUUAAUUUGUAAUUUAUGAGGAAAAAAUAUGAAAUUUUCAUGUUUAAUAGUGUUCAUUUUUAAGAACCAGAACUUGAUUUUUUAAGUUGUGAAUUCAUAAGAAAAAUAUUGAAAUUCAAUUGUAUUUAGUUAGAAAGUAGCCGUAAAUAUAUGAGAACCAAAUUAGAUUUUUUUUUUUUUAAUUUGUAAAUUUAGGGGGCACAAAUCAUUGAAAAUAAAAAGUUGGAAAUACAUAAGAACAAAAUAUUGAUUUUUUUGGUGGCAGCAAAAUAUAUUAAGUUUAAAAAGUCUUAAUUCCUGAGGGAAAAAUAAUAAAUAGAAACGGAUCAAAGAGUUGUUAAUAAUUGAGAACCAAAACUUGAUUUUUUUUCUUAAUAAAUCAAGUUGUAAAUUCACAAGAAAAAAAUUGAAAUUUUCAACUUGAAGGUCAGGAAUAGAUGAGAACCAAAGUUCAAAAUUUGAUUUUAUUAAGUUGUAAAUUUACAAGAAAAAAAUGUAAAUGUUUGAGUUUAUUUAGUUGCAAAUUUACAAGAAAAGCACAAAAUGUUCAGUUAAAAGUCAGUUAAAAUUUCAAAGCCUUUCACAAGUACUGCAUUUAGAAGCCCAGUCAAAUUAUGCUUUUAUCUGGGGCUGAGCAAUAAUAAAAUUUUUAUGGUUUUAGCGCAGUCAUCGUUUAAUCAUUAGCAUAUGCAGCCAGACUAAGAGGAGACAAUGCUGUAAAAUGGAAGAUGACUCUGAUCCAACCUGUACUUUGGGUUUCAUUUCUGCUCAAGUCAUUACUUUAUGAUGCCAUAGAUUUUGGACUCUAUAAACCUAAAAAUAUCAAGUUUUUCUUCUGAAACUUAAAAAAUCUGAGUUUGGUAACUUGGAAAUUUACAACUUAAUAAGCUCUAAAAUUCUUCCUUUUCAAGAGAAAUUAAUGGAUCUCUUAUUUUCUUUGUUUUUUAGAGUGGUUCUAAUAUGCCUUUGUUCACCUGUAUGUUAUGAUUAUUUUCCAUUCUUAAAAAUAUGUUAAAAAAAAAAAAAAAAAGGAAGAAUAAAUGCACACAAGUAGUCCUUAUAAUUCAAAAUGAACACUUAGAGCACAUUUUAGAUGCUUUUACUUAAAGAAACAUUGGAUCUCUUCAAGAUCAGUACUUCACCUUAAUUUGGAAGUUAAAUUAAAUUAAGCAUUAUAGUUUUACAGUCAUAAUAACCAGCGUUUUAUCUUCAAAACUCUUGGAGAUGUGUCAGAUACAAACUCAACAGUAUCAGGCCAACUCGUAUUAUUUUAAAGUGCUGCUAAAUGCAUUCAUUGGACCCCAGCCAGUAAAAAGAAUUGGUGACCAUCUUGAGAAACAUUUACAUGAAUUUAUCACACUCUUUUGAAUCCAGGAAGUCAUUUUCGUACAUGCACAUUAUUGUAUGUGACAGCCCUUAGGUGUAAGAGAGAAUGGUAAUGUAUGUUAUCAUUAUUUAUGUAUAUUAUUUGUGCACAUGUCAUUAUGCCCGGUUGUAUUAUCAUUUUGGCAAAAAGCAUAUCAGCACCUUGUUUGUUUUAUUAGUAUGAUUUUCAAAUUAUUUUAUUUCAGAUGUCAAUGUAUAACAAAUAAUCCUCCUAUUUUAUCAUCCAUAUAAUGUAUGAGAACAUUUUAUUAUUGAGGGGCACUUCAUCAUUGCAUAUAACUCUUUUUCUUCUGUACAAAGGAUCUUUUGAAAUGUUGUAAUAUAUGUGAUAGUGAAGAUAAAAACUUAUUACAAAGUUCUACAGCCUGUAUAUACAUUGGAAAAAUAGGGCUUUUGAUUAGUAGAUGCAGGAAAUACAUUUAUACAUGUAAAGUCUUUUUCAGAGACUGUAAUUUAUCUAAUUUGAUAUACAGUGAAAUGGGGCUAAUGGUGUUUCAUCAUGUAAAUUAUCAUAUGUGAUGUUAUAUAACAGUUUGCUUUCUUUGGUUUUGUGGUUGAUUAAGUUCGAAUCAUUUUUAUUCCCAAGGCUGAACCAGUGUUUGCUAGAAUCAACAAAUUAUUUAUAUACAAUGACCGUAAAAAGGUACUCGAUUUCCCUGUGUUGCUAUUUUCAGAUAAGAAAUUCUAUUGAUCAAGCACAUAUCAACAACACGUGUACUUCUCAUGUUCAGUAUACAGCGUUGCAUGCCUUAAUAUGCCACUUUUUGCUAAAUUCAAAGAGACUUGAAUACAGUGUCUCCCAAGGACAGGGUGUAUUAUAUUUCCCUCCAGCAUCUCUUUCCUCGUUUUAAGCAUAAUUUUGUAACGGUAACCAGGGUCAAAGUUAUGCAAUAAUAAUAAUAAUGAAUAGUGCCUCAUAUUGCAAACUUGUAAUAUCAGCUGCUCAAUGCAGUUUCAAUUUCAACAUGUGUGCUCAAAUUAAUAAAUUUCGAAUGGGAUUUUUUUAUUUUUUGUUUUGGAAAAAGCACAGACAACAUUAUGCAAGUCGGACCUCUAAUGUUGACCUUUCUUUUUUCGCACUGAGCCUUAUACCAUCAUGUCGCACGCAGCAUCCUCCCAUCACACUCUCACAGGCUGUUUUAUAGCUCGCGUUAUUACUUUGCUUGCAAUAAGUCACUUCCUCUACGGGGAACAAACUGAGUUACAAAGGCCUCUUGAUAUUCAGCUCCGUCACAUGAAUUCAGCGCAGUGAUUCAAAAGAAGACGAGGAAUCAUAGGACUAAAGGAAAAUCCUGUGGCUGUAGAGUGACGCCUUUGUUAAUAAAUACUGGUCUUACACUUCUCUAUUGGUUCAGUAUCUAUUUUUACUUUCUGUGUUAACAUCUGCUUUUGAUUUCCUGGUUUUUGAACAUUUAAGUAGUGAAGCCAAUGCCUAUGUUUCGAGUUUGCUGAUAUUACGUACAGUAAUCGUUGUUCCUGUAUUUAUGUAAAGUGAGUGUAGUGUAAAUAUAUUCAAAUCUUUUCAUUCUUACCGGUUUUAAAAAAAGAAAAUAAAAAAAAUGUGAUAUUGCUCAGCAUCGCUUCAAAAGGGAGAUUCUGCUCAAGGAAUUCCACAUCUGUAAAAGAAAUUUUAAAUCCUGAUAUUUUUCAAAAACUUCAAGAACAGGUGUCCUUUUUUUUCUGUUACACUUUUUCUUUUUUUCUUCAAGAGUUGUUUAAGUAUCCAGUCAGUGUUUUUGCCUUUUUCUCUGUAUUUUUCAUAUGGAUGGAGCUGUGAAAUUUAAAAUAAGUUCAAACAUAUACAUGUAUAUCAAUAUGAAUGGAGGCAUGAAGGUUAAUAAAGUUGCA